CCAAUUGGGACUCAAAGUCAAUACCUAUUGGCACCUGCGCUAAGCCGGACAUAAAUUUACCUUCUAUCGGGUUGUUAAAAAAAUUUAAACCAGGAUAGAAUUCGUUGCGUCGCGAAACGUUGAUAUCGAUGAUUGAUUGACUAUGUUGAACUCUUUCGUUAAUCAGUUGCAGUUGCUCCGGUUGGUGAUUGUUUUGGGGCUAGUGUCUGGAACUAAAGCAGCGGCGUCAUGGCACUAUCCGACUCCGGGUCCUGAUGGAAGUCUCCAGGAAGAAGAUCACUGGGGCGGGACUUGUGAUACUGGACGGCGGCAGUCUCCCAUUGACAUCAACAGUAAAGCGGCAGUGAGGGGAGCCUAUCCGGAAUUUGAUUUCGAUGGCUAUGACGAUGCUCUGACGGGUGCUUCCUACAUCAACAAUGGACAUACCGUUCAACUCAACAGAGGAGCCGAUUCGGAGAUUGCCAUCAAGGGCGGUGGACUGCGCGGCAAAUACAUCUUCGAGCAGAUGCACUUCCACUGGAGCUCGGAGCACACCCUGAAUGGAGAACGGUAUGGACUGGAGGCCCAUCUUGUUCACCGACACUCAAGUUAUGGCUCAGUCAACGAGGCGGCAGUCCAAAAAGCUGGAAUCGCUGUCCUAGCCGUCCUAUUCCGGGUCACCGACCAGUCCAACGAAGUCAUCGCACAAAUUCUCAACGAUACCAAUUCGAUUAGAACUGAGCCGGAUCGUAGCAUUCCGCUCCAAUCCAAGCUGGAACUGGAAGAUUUGCUCCCCAAGAACCGGGAUCGGUACUUCCGCUACGAAGGUUCCCUCACGACUCCUGUUUGUGCGGAAUCCGUCGUUUGGACCGUGUUUCCCGAAACCGUUCCCAUCUCGCUGGACCAGGUCGAGCAGUUCAAAACCUUCCGGGAUGACGAGAACCACGAACUGAUUCUCAACUAUAGGCCAGUGAAACCGCUUAACCUGAGAGUUCUCGUGUUGGUGGAUGACGUCGAUCCAUUGGAAGCAUCGACGGGAGCGGCCCCGCGGAGCUUCCCUACUGCUAUCAGUUUGUUGUCGAUGUUGCCGCUAGUAGGACGACUUCUGUUCGCCCACAAAAUUCAAUAGAUCAUAAGAUAGCUUCGUUGUUUUUAAGUGACACCAGUAGACUGAUAAUUGUAAGAUUUCAAAACCAAAAAAAUGAACAAUUCACAACAAUAA